UUCGUUAUUAGGGUUAGGGUUUUUGGAUCUUCGUUCCCCGCGAGAGGAAGAGGAAGAGGAAGAAGAGGGGGGAGAGGCGGGAGAGAUGAGGCCGAUACUGAUGAAGGGGCAUGAGCGGCCCCUGACGUUUCUGAGGUACAACAGGGAGGGGGAUCUCCUCUUCUCCUGCGCCAAAGACCACACGCCCACCGUGUGGUUCGCCGAUAAUGGCGAGCGACUCGGCACCUACCGCGGCCACAAUGGCGCCGUUUGGUGCUGCGACGUCUCCCGCGAUUCAACUCGCCUAAUUACGGGCAGUGCUGAUCAGACAGUAAAGCUGUGGGAUGUUCAGACCGGAGCCCAACUGUAUUCGUUUAAUUUUGAUUCCCCGGCCAGGGCUGUGGAAUUUUCUGUCGGCGAUAAGCUUGCCGUUAUCACCACAGAUCCGUUCAUGGGGAAUCCGUCCACCAUCCAAGUCAAACAAAUUGCCAAAGAUUCUAGUCAACAGACUAGUGAAUCUGUUCUUACAAUUAAGGGACCUCAGGGAAGAAUCAAUAGAGCUGUUUGGGGGCCGCUCAAUAAGACCAUAAUAAGCGGUGGUGAAGAUGCAGUGUUACGUAUUUGGGACUCUGAGACCGGAAAGCUUUUGAAGGAAGCAGAUCAGGAGUCCGGCCAUCAGAAAACAAUAACUUCACUAUCAAAAUCUGCAGAUGGUUCUCAUUUCCUCACAGGCUCCCUGGAUAAAACCGCUAAGCUGUGGGAUGCAAGGACGCUGACUCUUCUGAAGACGUAUGCGAGUGAACGCCCUGUCAAUGCUGUAGCAAUAUCUCCCCUCCUUGAUCAUGUUGUGAUUGGUGGUGGUCAAGAAGCCUCACAUGUCACGACGACUGAUCGUCGUGCAGGUAAAUUUGAGGCCAAGUUUUUUCACAAGAUUCUGCAAGAAGAAAUUGGGGGUGUGAAGGGCCAUUUUGGACCAAUAAAUUCUUUGGCGUUCAAUCCUGAUGGAAGAAGCUUUUCGAGCGGCGGUGAAGAUGGUUAUGUUAGGCUGCAUCAUUUUGACCCUGACUAUUUCAACAUAAAGAUGUGAGUGAGUGAGUGAAAAUGCAAAUUACAUUCUUGAUAGCGAACAGACAAGUGAAGAACCGUCAUUUGCCGUGUGGUAGUUUGAAGUAUCGAACUUUUUGUCUUUAUACUUAUGUAAUAAGCCCUGUUCUUUGGACUUUGUUGAAUUUUGUACAUGUAAAGAAUUUCUAGUGAGCUUCUACUUCAUGUUUUGGUCAUGUUGCUUCUUGAAAUUCUUCAGAAUAUUACCUGCUGCGAGUUUGCACCGUUAAAGAAAUUCCACUUAUUGGAACA